AUGAAGGAGGGCGCGAGGAGACCGGCGCCCUUGCCCCGGCGGGCGUUUUCCGCGCUUCUCUUGAUCGCCGUCGUCUCGUCUCUCUUGCACGCCUCCGCGGACUCCGGUGGAGGCGCGCACAAGCCCUGGGUGGGAAACUGCCCCCGCUUCGGUUUUUCCUUCCAAGGCUCGUCUUCGCUUUUGGAGCCUGCGUUUCCGUCUGAAAGCGUCAGCGCCUGUGCUUCGCGGUGUAACAACUACUUUCCUUCGUCCUCUUUCUUUUUAUCCUCGUCGUCUACGCUCUGCCGCGGGUUCGAGUACGACCGGCGGACUCGUCUCUGUUCGCUCUUUGCCUCGCUGCCUGCGUCUCCACUCACGCGCCCGUCGCCCUUCGUGGCGUCGGGCCUCUCGCCGACGAAAACCGCCGGCAGCGUGUGCGCCACGUCGUGCCUCGUCUCGGAGUGGAGCGCGUGGGGAGCGUGCGCGGUCGGAGGCGCCUACGACGGGCAAGCACCGACCGGCGGCUUCCAGAGGCGCACGCGCAGCAUCCGCAGCUACCCUCUCUGGGGGGAAGAAAAGUGUCCCGUCCUCGAAGAGCUGAGGCCGUGCACCCGAGGGGGAGGCGACGCGGAGUGCGCAAUGGAAGGCGUCGGCGUCCUCGGCUGGGGCUGCGAGCCCGCAGGAAACUUCGCAGAGAGCGGCACCGACCGUCACUUCGUGCCGAGCUUCGAAGCCUGUCGCAGCUUGUGUCUGUCAGAUCCUGACUGCACUUUCUUUUCGCUGGAUCGCCGGCCUCGCGCAUCCGCUGGCGGCUCCACGAACCUUCUACUCAGAGAAGGCAGCGGGAACGCGAGCCCAGAGGCCGCGACAUCGAUGCUGUGCUACCUCGUCCACGGCGCCGAGCCUGGCUGCAUGUUCCUUUCCGAGCGCUUCGUCUCAGCGCCUCGUCUUGGAGGCGCGGCGUGCCCCUUCGACUGCGUCCCCGGCGAGUGGAGCGACUGGAGCCCUUGCAGCCACCCGUGUAGCUCCGAGCAGCAGUCGAGGACUCGCGGCGUCAAGAUCUCAGCAAAAAACGGAGGAAACGAAUGCCAACUAGUCGAGUCCCGAAGCUGCCUGGGCAGCCCCAUGUACCCCCGAGUCAACUGCGCUCAAGCUGAGUGUACUUACAGCCCGUGGUCCGCGUGGUCGCCCUGCAGCAGCCCGUGCGAAGGCGGGACCCAGGAGAGGACGCGGGCGGUGCUGGCGGGCAGCGAGAGCAAGGUCUGCAACGCGGUGAAGAUGAUUCGCGCAUGCAACGACGGAGUUCCCUGUUCUCGAGGCGGCUGCAACGCGAGUUCGUUCGGCCCGUGGUCUCAGUGCAGCGCGAGCUGCGAAGGCGGACAGCGACAGAGGUCUCGGCAAGUCGAUUUCGCCUUCAACGGCGCCGGCGCGUGCGGCACACUCUCGCCGCUCCAGGUGGAAACCUGCAAUGAAGACGUGCCGUGCGCACACGAGUGCGAAUUCAGUCCAUGGGAGGAGUGGAGCGCUUGCAAGCCGACGCCGGGCGCGGGCUGCGGGACGAGGACCGGCCGGCGACAGAGACACCGCGGCAUCCUGCGAGAGAAGAAAGAUCCCUUCUCGGGGCGGGCGCUGCCCUGCGGCGACCAACCCUUCCUGGAGGUCGAGGACUGCCUUCCGCCCACCGCUGACGCGUCGUCGUGCUCGGACGCGUGCGAGAUGACGCCCUGGAUGGACUGGUCGCCCUGCAGCGUCACCUGCGGCGAGGGCGGCUGGCGGACGCGCGUCCGCUCAGUCGUGAAGCCUUCGCUUUCCUUGUCUCUCUCGGCCCUGGGGCAGACGGCGGGCUGCCCUCCGACUGUGGAGACCGCGGCGUGCACGCAGAGCGAACUCCCCCCCUGCCCCGCGCCUUCCAAGCCCGAAGCUGCGACAGGCGUCUUUGGAUCGAGGAGCGCACAUCCGGAGAGCGCUUCCUCCCUCGCCGGUUCCUUCUUCUCGAAUGGCGAGGGCGCCGCCUCAGCAGGUGUCCGUACAUCUGGGCAGGCGCCGCUCAGCCAGUCUUCUCUGAUUGUUCCGGCGGCCCCUAGCGACGUCGCAGCCAUCACGCGAGCGAUUCUGUUGAGUAUUCUCAUCACGCUUCUGGUCGUUUGCCUCUUCAUCUACUUCCGGAAGAAAGGCAUGCGCGGCCGGCGCCACAUCUACCCGCUCGACGGCGGAUGGUCAACCUCGGGGUCGCUGUCGGGCGACGCCGAAGAGGCCGCGAGCUUCGUGAUGACGCACGGCAGAGAGGAGGCAGACGCCGGAGCCGCGGCGCGCGCCGAGAACGGCGCCGCAGCUGCAGACGGCGCAGGAGCCGCGGACCCACGCGAGGAGGAAGAAGUCGAGAGCAACGCCAGCGAGAAGCUCGCAAAGGUGGACGUCGACCAAGACAUGUCCUUCUGGGACGACGACGACGAGGCGCAGACCGAGGAAAAGCGAAGCAGCUGA